AGGCGGCGCUGUCCUGCACAGGUCGUGACAACAAAGCCUGCAUCAGGAAAAGACAGUUGACGUUGUUACGCCUUGCUUGAUGAUUGGCGAGGUAAGAUGGCGGCGCCAGAGGAGCCAGAGUUAUCCCAGGCGCAGACCGAAAAACUCCUCCAAUUUCAGGACCUAACUGGUUUGGAGUCAAUGGACCAAUGUCGUCGAACAUUAGAGCAACAUAAUUGGAACAUAGAGGCUGCAGUACAAGACAGACUUAAUGAGCAGGAAGGAGUGCCCAGUGUAUUUAACCCUCCACCAUCCAGACCAUUACAGGUCAAUACAGCAGACCAUAGAGUAUAUAGUUACAUCGUUUCAAGGCCACAACCCAGGGGAUUACUAGGAUGGAGUUACUACUUGAUAAUGCUACCUUUCAGAUUUACAUAUUACACACUUCUGGACAUAUUCAGGUUUGCCCUGCGGUUCAUCAGGCCAGAUCCUCGUGGUCGCGUGACAGACCCUGUAGGAGACGUUGUAUCUUUUAUUCAUAGUUUUGAAGAGAGCUAUGGCCGAUCACACCCUGUAUUUUACCAGGGCACAUACAGCCAGGCACUGAAUGAUGCCAAGAGGGAGCUUCGCUACCUAUUAGUGUACCUUCACGGAGAGGAUCAUCAAGACACUGAUGAGUUUUGCCGUUCCACCUUAUGUACAGAGGAGGUCAUAACCUUCCUGAACACACGAAUGCUCUUCUGGGCAUGCUCAACCAGCAAGCCUGAGGGUUACAGAGUGUCCCAAGCACUGCGAGAGAACACCUAUCCAUUCCUGGCCAUGAUAAUGUUGAAGGACCGCAAGAUGACUGUGGUGGGAAGACUUGAAGGUCUUAUCCAGCCAGAGGACCUAAUCAAUCAACUCACCUUCAUCAUGGAAGCCAACCAAACAUAUCUGAUGUCAGAACGUCUUGAACGUGAGGAGAGGAACCAGACCCAAGUGCUACGGCAGCAGCAGGAUGAGGCUUACCUGGCCUCCCUCCGUGCAGACCAGGAGAAGGAACGCAAGAAAAGGGAGGAGCAGGAACAGCGGCGGCAGGAGGAGGAGAAGGUUCGACAGACUGCACUUGCGGAGGAGCGGAGACGAAGGACACUUGAAGAAGAAAAGGAAAGGAAGUCAGAAUGUCUUCCUCCAGAGCCACCUGCAGAUGAUGCAGAAAGUGUCAAAAUAGUGUUUAAGCUGCCCAAUGAUACACGAGUAGAGAGAAGAUUCCUCUUUGGGCAGUCUCUGACAGUAAUAUACGACUUCCUUUUCUCCUUGAAAGAAACCCCGGAGAAGUUUCAGAUAGUAACAAACUUCCCUCGCCGAGUCCUGCCCUGCCUUCCGACUGAACAGCAGCCUAAUCCUCCCACACUCAAAGAGGCAGGGCUCAGCCGCUCCGAGGUCCUUUUUGUUCAGGAUCUUACGGACGAUUAAUAGAUGACAUACCUCCUCCACAUGGAAACGCAUUUUCUUCCAAUGCCUACUCACAGACCCCAAUUUUUCUUUUUUUUUGUCAAAUGGCCGUUAUGCACAAGGGAUCACUGAGAUAAAAUCCUAACCUGUAAAAGUUAAAACAACCCUGCAUCCAGUCCUUGUUUGGUUGUGUUUACAGGGUUCCCAAAAGCCUGGAAAGUCUUGAAUUUUAUCAAAUAAAUAUUUCUUGAAGUUCCUUCCUUGAACUCAUCUUUGCACCUAUGUGAACAAAGAAUUUUUUCCCCCACUGUCAGUACUAGCUACCAGUUAUCCUGCCUCACCAGCAGUUUUGUUGCAGAUUAAUCAUCUACUCGGAUGUACUGAAACAGUAGCAUAGCUCUGAUCAGAACCAGAAGCAUAUCCCAAAUGAUUCAUGACUGCAACUAAGGAAGGCAGGUUGUAUUAACCCCUACUAAUACAUAUGUGAUCUGGCAUUAAGUAGUGUGGAUUUAUGUGAUGGUGCGAAUGCUCUGACCUGUGUUUGUUCCAUUUGUCCUAAUUCAACACCCUUUUGCCUUAGGUUUACACAUGCUCUCCAGUGACUGACAAACACAGCUGGCCUCAGUGUGGUCUGGUACUGCUUGGAUUGUUAAUCCACACAGUGUGGAGAGCACAUGUAGUACUUCAGGAAGCAGGCUGGUGAAUUUGGACAUAAAGGAAAUAUGGGAACCCUGUUUUAAAUGAGCCAUGACCUGUAAAUAAGUUGGAUAUUUAAAACCACCCAAAUUUACUUUUGUUUUUUCAUUUGAUCUGUGUCAUGAAAUGACCAAAUGCAGGUUGGUUACUAUGUAAAGCAGACUGCCUCAAGCUCAUUAAGUUUAUGAAGAAAAAUAUUUAACACAAGCCACACCUUUUACAUGUGGCUUUAUCUAGUGUAAUAAGAGUCUGCCCAUAGUGUGCCUGUGGUUACUCAUAGAUGCCUGUUUUGCCUGUAACAUCUGAAUGGGCUCAUGUAAAGAUGUAAUUUUCCAACUAUAAAUUAAAAACGUUUUAAAAAUG